AUGCCGGCUGCUGCCAUGGGCCGCGGGCUCCGCAGAGGCCUCGAAAAGGAACUGAGCCCGAUUAGCACCAGAGCUGCGACGGAGGAGGCGCCAAGCGAGCCCUCGAUGGACAGCCCCAGUUCUGCCGGAGAAGGGCCGGCAGAAGAAAUGGCCGGGCAGCACCCGGUUGCUCUGUCGAGAGAGAGGGCCCUGGCGCUACAGAUGGAGCUCAUGGCAGCCUACAGCUCACCAAUUUUCCAGAAGCGUCUCCACGAGCUAGGACGGGAGCAUCCGCCCGGCACGAAGAGCUUUAACCAUGGACGCCACAAAUUGAUACGUCAGCUUCAGGCGUCCAUCAUCCCACUCUACGGUUUCGACAACUCCGAGGACGGCGUGCAGCUGAUGCUCGAGGCCUUCACCUGCUUUCAACAGGAUCCGGACAUCCAGGUCAACACCGUAGCCAUCAACGAUCUUCUUUCCCUGGAUGCGCAAGCACCGACGGAGGCGAAGAGGAGGCUCAUCCAGAAGCCUCUGACCAAACUCGUGAUGAUCGACCUGCUCCGGGCCCUAUUUGUGGAAUUCAGCAAGGCGCCUUUCCAGGCCGAUGUCAGGAAUCUGAAACUCUGUGCCGACGUCAUCGCAGGUAGGGUGGCACGAAAGGAGACCACGGGAGGUGACAGCGCGGAUCCGGAUGGUUAUUUUCACCUCAAGGGCCGUGCCUCGACAGGGAAGCUAUGCAGAGCUCAGCCCUUAACGGUUGUCCCGAAGCCGGCGACCCCCGAAGUUUGA